AUGCACAAGACUCCGUUCGAGAUCGUCCACAACUCCAAGCCAAGUGUUAAGCACAUGCAGGUGUUCGGUUGUCAGGUUUGCAUACUGACACCGAAGGAGAAGCGGCCCAAGUGGGACCCCAAGGCUCGCACUGGGAUAUUCUUGGGCUACGAAGAAGCAUCCAAAGCGUAUCGCGUUUAUGACAUCGAGGCGGGGCAGGUGUUCAUCAGCCGCGAUGUCAACUUUGACGAGUCCGCCUUUGGACUUUCGCCGCCUACCACCGCUGAAGACGCCGAUGACCUUGACUUCAACUCCCUCGAUCUGGAUGAUGAAGCGCCAGCUCCACCCACGCGCACAGUGCGUCAACGGCCUGGACUGGAAGAAUCAAGUGCGCCAGACAACCACACGACCCACCAAGAAGAAUAUGAAGAAACAAAGAAUGCUGAUGCAUCGACUCCGCCUGUGUUUUGGCGUGCGAGUGCGAACGCCAUCGAAACAGCAGUGGACUUAUCCGAGCCAUCGACUUUUAAAGAUGCGGUGAGCGUUCCUGAUCAAGCGCAUUGGCGCGAAGCUAUCCGUGCGGAACUUGAGUCAGUGCGACUUCGUGAAGUAUUCCGCGCAGCCAAGCUACCUAAAGGACAUUGCUCCAUUGGCACGAAGUGGGUCUUCAAGAUCAAGCGCAAAGCGGACGGAUCAAUUGACAAGUACAAGGCGCGUCUUGUGGCAAAGGGUUUCAAGCAACAAUACGGGAUGGACUACACGGAAACAUUCUCGCCCGUCGCCAAGUACGUGACGCCGCGCAUGGUGAUUGCAGUCGCCAAUUAUUUCGGAUGGACCAUCGACCAACUCGACGUGGUGACGGCGUUCCUGCAUGGUGUCAUGAAGGAACAAGUGUUCUGCGUCAUCCCUGAAGGCGUAGAAUUGGAGGGCUCCUUCGAUUGUCUGGAGUUGGUGAAGGCAAUCUACGUAUUAAAGCAAGCGUCGCGCGUAUGGGACGAAACGUUCGACGAGUUCGUGUGUGCUAUUGGAUUUCAAGCGUCAAGCCUCGACCCGUGUCUCUACAUAAGGAUUGUGGAAGGGCAAUGCGUGCUACUGCUGGUGUAUGUGGAUGACAUGUUGAUCACCGGUAGUUCAUGCGAGCUAAUUGCACGUAACAAGACCGACCUGAAGACACAAUUCGAGAUGACUGACAGCGGCAAGUGUGCAUUCGUGCUUGAAAUCGAUCUUUUGGACGGCGCAGAUGGAAGCGUGACACUAUGUCAGCGUCGAUCUGUAGAUGAAAUACUCAAGCGCUUUGGCAUGGAUGAUUGCAAGGCCGUCGCAAGUCCAGUCGACAUGAGCUCUCGACUUGUUUCAAGUGGUGAAGUCACCAAGGUCGAUGCUCCUUUUCGCGAAGCUGUUGAUGCGUUGAUGCACCUGACCACUGCAACGCGCCCGGAUAUUGCGUUCGCCGUGGGAUGUGUGUCGCGAUUCAUGGAGAACCCUCAAGAAGAACACUGGGUUGCGGUCAAGCGCAUCUUCCGCUACCUACAAGGCACUAAGAUGCACGGAUCUGCUACAAGUCAGAUGCAAAGAUCGACUUUCGUGGCUACUCGGAUGCAGACUGGGCCGGUGACCUCGAUGAUCGUAAGUCGACGUCUGGUUACGUAUUCAUGCUGUUGGGUGCGCCAGUGA